AUGAUUAAAAAAACAUUGAACAAUGAAAAUUUCGAAAAUGCCAUUGAUGAUGAUUACGAGCCAAUCAUUAUUACUCCUAGUCGAAAAGAAAUUAAACGAGAAUGGGAUCAUCUUUAUCAAAUUAACAAUUGGGGAAAUGAUUUUACAGAUGAUGAAUAUGAAGUGAAAAAUAUGCAUUAUUUAGAGCAUGAUUCUAAAACUACAAAUUCUCAUCAUUCUGACUGUUCAUCAAAACGUCAUUCAACAUUGGAAAAAAUUCUUUUACGUCAAGAAGAAGCUAAAGCACGUCGUGAACUGCGUCAAAAAGAAUUGGAAUCACGUCGUCUACGUGAAGCGAAUGAUCGUCAAAUGAAAGCACAAAUUUUAUACAAAGCAAAACAAGUAGAUAUGAUUUUUCUACCGUAA